GUGCCGGAAGUGGGCUGACACACAGUGGCCGCAGGAAUCUGUUAGGGAACCUCGGGAAGUUUCUCCGUGUUCGGGAUAACGAUGGACACACAGAAGGACGUUCAACCCCCAAAACAGCAGCCAAUGAUAUAUAUCUGUGGAGAAUGUCACACAGAAAAUGAAAUAAAAUCAAGGGAUCCCAUCCGAUGCAGAGAAUGUGGGUACAGAAUAAUGUACAAGAAAAGAACUAAAAGAUUGGUGGUUUUUGAUGCUCGAUGAAACGUGAAAUUCAGAGGAAUAUCUUCAUUUGGAUUUGCUGUUGAUAUUGUAUAGCUUUUGAUUUGUGUACUUUAAGAAUACAGCUGUGUAUCAUGAUUUCAUUUUAAAAACCGUAUUGUAUUUAGGGGUCUAUUAAUAGUUUAAUAUAAAGGUAUUUUUGGUUCA